AUUUAUAAAAUAGUGGGGACAUUUGGUAUGGUAGGACAAAAGUCUGAGGGUUUUCAGCUUGAAAAGUUCGGGUGUUUUCAGUGCAUUUCCAGCAACUAUAAUCAUAUCAGUACCAUCAAGAUACCACUUUAUUCCAGACUUUUUUAUCUACAUGCACAAAGUAUAUAUCAAAGUCUAAUACUGAGUUGCUGGGCAGGAGGAAAAGAGGAAGACCACAGACAAGACUCAUGGAUGUAGUGAAGGAGGACAUGCAGAGGGCUGGUGUGACAGAGGAGGAUAUACAAUGGAGACGAUAGAUUAUCGUUGUGAAAAAUGUGGACAGAGAUUCUCAGACAGUGGCGUGUUUGUCUCUCACCCCUGUUCACAAAGACAAAUCGCUCCAUCCAGUAAAGUGCAGCUGGACAGAUUCAAGUGUUCUCGGUGCACUGAGGUCUUUUCCAAACCAGCUGCUCUUAAACAUCACUUUAAAACCAGCCACAGUGACCCAGACCUGACAGGCCCAUUCUCCUGCUCUGAGAAAGGCUGCCACUUCAGUGUCUCGGACCGUAACGAGUAUCAAGCCCACAUAAUAUCUACACAUGGCCUCACUCUUGUUCCCUGCACCUACCGGGCUUGUAAAGCGUCAUUCCUCACACAGGCUGAGAUGGAAAGCCAUCGGAAAGGCCACAUGCCCUUUGGCUGCUUUCACUGCCAGUUUGUCUCUCAAAAUGCUAAAACCCUGAGUGGCCACCUCUUGGAGCACAAACAUCUGCCAAAUAUUGCUCAAGUGAAUGAGCAGGAGCCAACACUGAUGGGCUCUAAGGAAAGCUGCCUGUCUGAGGUCAGCGUGUCACAAAGAAAAAAUCCAGCUUGUGGGCUGGAGGAACAGCCCGAGAGGCCAGGUGGCAUGAAAGACACGACUUUAGCAGGAGAUGCUACAUCAGUGCCAUCCAAAGAGUACCUUGCAGAGGGAUCGGAGCACAUCUAUCGCACCCACACCUGCCCCAAGUGUCGUCGCUGCUUCAAAAUGCGCUCUCACCUCCAAGAGCACCUUCGUUUGCAUUUCCCCGACCCAAGUCUCCAGUGUCCCACCUGCAAGCGUUACUUCACCAGCAAGAGCAAGCUGCGUGUUCACAGGCUCAGAGAGGCCGGUGAAAAGAUCCACCGGUGCCACUUGUGCGAGUAUUCCGCCGUGGAGAGGAGCUCAAUCCGGCGCCAUCUAAUCAGCGUGCACGCCGGAGAUGGCGAAAACGGUUACAGCUACAUUUGUCCGACCUGUGGGGGAAGCUUUCACCUGAGCAGUGCAUUGAAGGCUCACAUGAAGUCGCAUAACAUCCUGUCUGACAGCCAACCCUUGGCCUGCUUCCAGGAGGGUUGUUCUUUCCAGAGUUCUCAUCACAAAGACCUCAUUAGACACUCUGCCGAGGCACAUGGAGUCAAAGCAGUGGAAUGCCGUCAUCACGCCUGCGGCGCCCUCUUUAAAAGCGAGACGGACAUGGAGGAUCACUAUCGGACGCACCUUGCCUAUCACUGCUCGGAGUGCGAUUUCUCUUGCUCCAAUAAAACAGUCUUCCUCCAGCACCAGCGGCUCGGUCAUGCAGGGCCUGAAAAGCUCAGCUGCGACUUCUGCUCCUUUGUCACGUUCAACCCCGUGGAGUUUGAGCAGCACCUCGGGCAUUUGCACGCCAAUGAGAAGAUCCACCGCUGCUCUCAGUGCAGCUACGUGACCUCGCACAAACGGGGUUUGAAGCGGCACAUGCUCAUGCACAGUGGUGAGAGGCCCCACAAGUGCAGCCUGUGUGAGUUCAAGUGCCGAGAUGAGUCCUACAUGUCCAAACACAUGCUCACUCACUCAGAUGAUAAGAACUUCAUGUGUGCCGAAUGUGGAUACGUCACCAAAUGGAAGCACUACCUUAACGUCCACAUGAGGAAACACGCAGGGGACCUCAGGUAUCCCUGUGAUCAGUGUCCAUAUCGCUGUCACCGCAUGGACCAGCUAAACAGCCACAAAUUACGGCACCAAGCCAAAUCACUCAUUUGUGAGAUCUGCGCUUACGCCUGCAAGCGCAAAUAUGAGCUUCGCAACCAUAUGUUGGCCAAACACUCCGGAAAGGACAGACAGUCGGCCGUGUUCAAGUGCAAAUACUGUACGUACACCACCUGCUACCGCCAGGCGCUUCAGAAUCACGAGAACUGCAAACACACCAAGCUGAAAGAGUUUCGCUGUGCCCUCUGCUUCUACUCCUCCUUUAGCAGCAUCAGCCUCUUCCUUCACAAGAGGAAAACCCACGGGUACGUGCCCGGGGACAAAGCGUGGCUGGACAACUACGCUGCAAAGGAGAAGGAGAGGAGCUCGGCUGAAUUCAUGCAGGAUUUUUACAACAAGCCUUCAGUUACUCACAAGCUGCCAGAAGGACCUCCACCUUCUGGUGCUCCUGAAGGUCAAAGAGACAAAGUCCUGCCUGACCACGAUGGCAGCAGAGAAACGUCUCCUGCUUCACAACCUGAGGAAGUUUUUGAUGUUGUUUCUCAGGAGACCAUUACAGAAAGCCUGACGCCCAUCGGCAGUCCUGAGGAAUACUGUACCCUCGUUCUAACUGCACUCUCCACCUCUGACUUUCAAACCCCCUCUGAAAACUCUGCAAGGGCUCCUACUUUAGAUUCUAACAGGCCCGAGGCAUCACAAGUAAAAGCAGACCUCUCAUCAGAGGAACAUGAUGAAGAUAUACAUGAUAGCUACGAGCCUCUAAAUAACACAGCUGAACCGGUUGAGCCCGGAGACUGUCAGACACCUGACAGAAACUGUAAAACAAUCAGUCCCACUUUUCCACCUGAGCACAGUCAGCCCUUACAAUCUGAGGUGCGUCUGAAUGCUAUGAAAAAGUACGACAAGGACCAAGCAGAGGCCAUGGUUUUAGAGGGACGGGUGCAGAUGCUUGUGGUGCCAGCUGAAGGUGUUUACCGCUGUGAGAAAUGCUCUUAUGUCACCUGCAGAGAGAGCGCUUUGAGGAACCACUGCCAAGCUCUGUGCCACCGCAGGAUGAAGGGCCACAAGUGUCAGGCCUGCGGUGCGCAGUUCAAACAGAGGCGGGGCCUCGAUGGCCACCUUAAAAAGAAGUGCCCAGCCCUCCCACGGAAAACAAGGACAUUUGUAGGCAUUUCAGAAAUAAGUGUGGCUCCAAAGGAGAGCUGUACUGUAGAUCAGGAGGGAUCCAAUUCAGAUCAGACAGAGCAAAAUAAAAUUUCCACUCAUCCUGAGUGUACAUCUCAUUCUAAGACCUUUGUUACUGAUGAUGCUGCUACAUCCAGUGCAUCCGAAAACCAGCAAACCGAAAGUCAGAAGAAACUGAUCUCCAGUAACAAACAGCAAAAGUCCCUUUAUAGUAAAAAAGGUGGGAAAUUCAGAUGCAAGCUGUGCAGCUUCUCAUCCGUCAGGCUCAUAACAGUUAGACGGCACCUCUCGACCUGCAGACGAAGAUUCAGGAAAAGGGAGAAUGAGACCAAUUCAGAAGCAGGUGAUGAAGGUGGGAAUGAGUCAAUCAAAGAAAGAGAAGAGCUGGUGGAGAAACUCGACGAAGACCUUGUAAAAGUUUCUAAGAAACGUCAAAUUUUUGGCUGUCCAAGCUGUGCAUUUAAGUGCAGUCAGAAGAGAGCUUUGGACAGCCAUGAAAGAAAAGGCUGCAUGAGGCCCGGUGAAGUACAGUGCUCUCUCUGUUCAUUUGUAGCCAAAUCUAAAGUUUCUUUGACCCGGCACAGUUUAUGUGUUCAUCGCAAGGUAAAGUUCGGCGCCGCCAAACCCAAACGUCUGCACUGCCAGUACUGCACUUUCAGCUGCAAACAGCAGCGCUGCAUGACGCAGCACAUUGCACUCAAACACAAAGGUGCACGACCUCACCGCUGCCGCUUCUGCCCCUUCAGCACCACGCGGUGCUACCGCUUGGAAGAGCACGAGUCUCUUCACACAGGUGUCGGCCGUCACUGCUGUGACGUGUGUGACAAAACCUUUGGGGCGGUGACCAAAUUGCGCCAGCACAAGAGACGCAUUCACGACAAACGGCCCACGCACUUCUGCUCGUUGUGCGACUUCAGCAGCUACACGCUCGACGACGUGAGACGCCACAACCGCAGGUGCCACACGGGGGAGCUGCAGCAUGUUUGCACCCACUGUGAUGCUCAGUUUAGCUCAGAGGUCGCUUUGAGAAACCACUGCAAGCGUGUGCACCAGCUCCAGGUGUGUUUCUCAUGCAAGCAGUGUGACUACACCUGCAGCAGCGACAUCACACUGAGGGCCCACCAGCAGAGCAAGCACCCCCAGGUGAAAUGCAACACCUGCCAGGAGUCAUUUGAAACUAAGGAAAGCCUCGAGCUUCAUCAGAGAGCUCACCUGGCACAUCAGUGUCACGUGUGUCCCUUUGCUACCAAAACGAGGCAGCUGCUGGCUCAACACCUCCUGAACGAACAUGAGGAGGGACCUGCGGAGGACAAGGCACUAAGGUGCAGCACCUGCCAGUUUGCUUGUCACCAUCAGCUGGUCCUGGAGCAGCACCUCCGCUCGCACGGAACCAAGCGCUUGUACAAAUGCACCGACUGCCAGUACUCGACCAGGAACAAGCAGAAGAUCACGUGGCACAUUCGCAUCCACACUGGGGAGAAGCCUUACAGCUGUGAGGAGUGCAGCUACACCUGCACCGAUCCAUCGAGGCUGAAGCUUCACAUGAGAGUUCACCAAGAAGAGAAGAAGUACCUUUGUCCGGAGUGCGGCUACAAGUGCAAAUGGGCGACUCAGCUGAAAUACCACAUGACCAAGCACACAGGAGAGAAGCCGUACGCCUGUGAUGAGUGCGACUACCGCACUAACAGAGCAGACGCUCUCCGCGCACACUGCGACACGCAGCACUGUGAUGUGCGCCCUUAUGUUUGCGAGAAGUGCGGCAAAGCCUUCAAGACUAGCUUCAUACUGAAGACUCACCAGCGCCAGCACAGCGAUGAUCGGCCAUACACGUGCGGGUUGUGCCCGAAGGCUUUCAGGUGGCCGGCGGGUCUCAGACAUCACUACCUGUCUCACACCAAGCAGCAACCUUUCAGCUGUCGCCACUGCUCCUACAAAGCCAAGCAAAAGUUCCAGGUGGUCAAGCAUCUGCAAAGGCAUCAUCCAGACACGCCAGCAGAGGACGGUGUGGUAAGAGACUCAGAAGCUGGAGGCUUCACCCUGAAGGAGGCUCUAGAGGGGACUCUGGAUAAAAGAGCAGAAGAAGCAGCCAAUGAGCUGCUUUCACCAGCCAAUGAGGUACAGGAGGUCACUGAAGAGGUCGAGCCAGGAAUAAACCCUGAAGAGAGAGAGAGUAACUGGUGACAUAGCUGGUAAAUGCUGAUGUUUGAUUAGUUGAUUUUAAUGUCUUGCCAAGCCUAAUAAGACUCUUAGUACACAUAUUAAGAGAGAAUGUAAAGACGGGUCAUUUCUUUGAAAAAUAAACAGUUCUUUAUAUCUUGUGAUAAUUUCCUAUAAUCAGAAUAUAAUUGUAUUAAAUAGAAAAUCACCAUAUGAGAUGCCACAACUGUGCUGCCAGUCCAGAAACUCUUAAUAAUCCAAAAUAAUUGUUUAAAAAAUUCAACACAAAUAAGAGAAAUGGAAGCCCGGGAAAAAACAAACAAAAGAAGAAAACCAAGAUUCCUUAAAAACAAACUCAUGAAGUCAAGGCUGAAAACAGGACUGCUAGGAACUCUUAGCUUAAUAAGCAAAAAGCAACUGAGGAAUAAAGCUGCUGCUGAUGAAGGAAAAUGAGAGAGAGAGAGAGAGUGCUUUUUGUGGUUUGCUUUGGAUGCGAUAAGGAUGGAUGAGAGAGCAAACAGCAGCUUAAUGAAAAUGAUAAAAAAAAAUAUGAAAAACGUGAUGACACAGACGUGCAGGGUGAUUGCAAAAGAAAAUGCAAUAAAUGAUUUUUUUUCUAAGGCUGAUGUUGGCCUUUUUCUUUUCCCUUUUUCUAACAGCUCUUUUUUUUAAUUAUUUGCAAACUGAGGGGACCGCCUGCUGUAGUACUGAAAGCUAACUCGGCAGUCCAGGCUCUCCUUUGUCUUUUUUAUUAAAGUUUAGAAUGUUUCCUGGGUGACACUCUUGGUCCACUUUAGCAAUUUUAUUGCAGUCAUGCUGAAUCAAAUCAAAUCAAAAUUUAUUUCUAUAGCACAUAAUAAUAAAACAAAGUGAAUGGGUGCAGAAAUUCUCAGCACUUUCCCCUGACAUCGACGUCGUUCGGAUGGCAACAUCCGUUUCUCCAGACCUCUAUAUAUUGUUCAACAUCAGCGGUGUCCUUACAGGUGUAAAAGUUACGCCCUUCUAUGUGCACUAGACGCACACCUACAUACAUCACAGAUGCUGUUGUGUGGAUCCUUGAUUUCUAAGAGAACCUCAGUGGUGGAGAAGCUGGCCGUGUUUCUGGUUUAAGAGUUUUCCCUUGAAUCUGGUUGCAGUGAUGAUGCCGUUCAGAGGAUUUCCUGAGCCCCUGCAGUGACUUCCAUCACAGAAUCAGGUCUGAGAAUCUUUUAAACAUACUGUGUCAAAGAAAAUAAAAUUCUUUUCAAUUCUAUGCUCUAAUUUUUAAUGUUGAACUAUCUGAAAACUCCUCGUUAACACAGUGGUGAACCUCUUCACAUAUUUACUCAGAAAGACUCAGACUCUGAGUUGCUCCGUGUGUUGGCACAGGUAAACCUAAAUACCUGCAAAAUGUUCCACCAGGUGUUUUUUUUUUAAAAACACGUUUUUCAUUUGUACCAUUACCUCUGAAAUAUUUUGCAUGCAAAGAAUAAUUUUUUUUAAAUUCUCAGUUUUGACAUGUUGAGUUAUUACAGUUUUCUGUUAAAUGCUGGGUUUCUUAUACUUAGCGCCUUUGAAUCCACUUCAGGUUCCUAUGUCAGUUCUUUCCGGGUACUCUGGAGUCCAAGGACAUGUAUGUUGGGAUAACAGCUGACUCUGAACGGGUCAUACGUGUGAAUGGUCUGUCUCUCUGUGUGUUAGCCCUGUGACAGACUGCCUACCUGUCCGGGUUGUUCCCCGCCUCUCACCCUGUCCCAGCUGGGAUGGAUAAACAACUGUUUGCAAGUGUUUGGGUUCUGUUUAAUUUACAUUUUAAGAAGUUCCCCAAAUUUCUAGAAACAAGGUUGGAAAAAAAUGAACAAGCCACAAAUGUUUCUGAACAACUGAAUUUCACGCACAGGUUUUUAACCACUCAGAAAAUUACAUACAAAGACAUAUUUACAUUAUACACAACAUGGCCUUGUAGAACAUUCAUUCAUUAAUUAGAAAUAAGUCAUUCAUGCAAAGUUGUGAGUAUAUUUCUGGAUGUUUAAUACUGAGAUUUGUCUUUUUUCCCCACAUCUAAACUUUCAGUACUGUUACAGAUACUUUGACAUUCUCUACAUGCUGCAGUCUUUUGUUUUACUUUCACAUCCAUCACUUAAAAUAUUUUUUUAAAUUUCUGGAAUGUAAAGUUGCAUAUA